AUGGCUCCCAAAACAAUCAUCGUCACUGGCGCUUCACGAGGCCUCGGCCUCGCCAUAUCCAAAUAUCUCCUCACCACCACCCCGCCAAACAACAUCAUCGCCCUCGCCCGCAGCGUUGAACCCCUUCAAGCCCUCAAGAACCAAUUCCCGGAUAAUGUCGAAUAUAUUGCGGGGGACUUGACGGACCAGACAAUUGGCGCAAGAGCAGUAGAAUUAGCGCUCACAAAGUUUGGUGGCCACCUAGAUGGUUUGGUGCUGAAUCAUGGUAUUUUGGGGCAGGUAUCGGUUAUAGGCAAGGCGGAUGCGGAGUUAUGGAAGCAUGGGUUUGAUGUUAAUCUGUUUAGUUUGGUUGCUUUUACGACGGCAGCUCUGCCGGCUCUGCGCAAGUCUCAUGGUAAAAUCAUCUUUACUUCCUCCGGAGCAGCAACCUCUGCGACGACCGGUUGGGCAUGUUACGGCGCCACGAAAGCGGCACUCAAUUACUUUGCGUUGGCGUUGAGUCAAGAGGAGCCCGAUGUGACGUCCAUCGCCUUACGACCAGGUAUGGUUGACACAGAAAUGCAGAGGGAGAUUCGCGAGGAUCAUGCGAAGAAAGGAGAGUUACCGCCUGGAGCGCUUACGAGAUACGAAGAGGCGUAUAGGGAUGGAAAGCUUCUGAAGCCCGAACAGCCGGGCAAUGUAAUGGCACGGUUGGUGCUGGAUGCACCGAAGGAGUUGAGUGGGAGGUUUAUAUCAUGGAAUGACAAAGAUCUCGCCGCGUUCCAAGAUUAA